CAGCACAUCGCUUGAGAGAAUCCUCGAAAAACCCCACGCCGAGAUGAAGUUCGGAGGCAAUGGAAAGCUUUUAUGGAACUUGACCAAAAGCUCGCUUGCUCAGCAGUCUCAAAAUGGGAUCGCCAAAAGAGUGCUAACCGCCAGCAGCUACAGCACCGCAAAGAAGAUUUCGACCUUGGAGCAGCCAAACCUCCUCAAGUACCAUGUCCUGCCGCUCGAAGAAACGCUAAACCGCUUUAUGACCACUGUGGAACCUUUGCUGACUCCCGAGGAACUGGAACGGCAAAAGGCGAUCACCGCUGAGUUCUUGAAGAAUCAAGGACGUGAUUUGCAGCAGCUCCUGGAAGAAACCGGCAGCAAGGAGAAGAAUUGGUUGGCCCACCGAUGGCUAAAAGCUGCCUACCUGCAAUAUCGAGAUCCAGUGACUGUCUUCGUGAGUCCCGGCAUGACCUUCCCCCAACAAAACUUCAAGGACACGCGAGCUUUUGUGGACUAUACAUCCAGAGUUAUCUUUGGAUUGGGCGAGUUCAACGACAUGGUGCAUGCCAAUAAAAUUCCCAUUGUUAAAAUGGGCAAGAACGAGCUGGACAACAGCCAGUUUGGCAAAGUAUUCGGCACAUGUCGGAUACCCAGAAGGGGUACGGACGAGAUCGUCUAUAAUCCAGGAUCCGACUAUGUGGUGGUGAUCUACAAGAAUCACUUCUACCAACUGAAAAUUUACAGCAAGGAGGAAAAGCUCAUUGCUGCUCCAUGCCUAGCUGCUCAACUGGAAGAUAUCAUGUCGAAGGAAACAAAAGUGGGAGUUCCCUAUGGUAUUUUAACCACCGACUCGAGAGACAACUGGUCGGAGGCCUAUGAAUAUCUGUCAGAUUCACCUGGCAACAGGGAGGCCCUUAAGACCAUUCAGAGUGCUCUGUUCACUGUGUCACUGGACGAGUCUACCCCCUUAAAGGAAGGCGAAGAGGUCAACGAACUGAUUCUAUCGCUGAUCCAUGGAAGUGGCAGCAAAACCAACAGUGGCAACCGCUGGAUGGACAAGACGAUUCAGCUGGUGGUCAACCCCAACGGAAACGUUGGAUUCACCUAUGAGCACUCGCCAGCUGAGGGCCAGCCCAUCGCGAUGAUGAUGGACUAUGUGGUACAGAAGAUGAAGGAAGAUCCUAACUUCGGCGAACGCGGAUCUGAGGACUUUACCCCUGCGCAGAAAAUACUCAUUUCAUCGAGCAAUAAAAACCUACAGCAAUCAUUGACCGUCGCUCAGGAAAACGUCGAUAAACUUGCCGAUGCGCUGCAGAUGAAGGUUCUCAAGUUCGACGGUUUUGGAAAGGAUUUCAUCAAGAAACAGCGACUGGGGCCAGACAGCUUUAUUCAGAUAGCGCUGCAAUUGGCCUUCUUCAAAAUGCAUUGUGAACCACCUGCACAAUACGAGUCGGCACACUUGCGCAUAUUCGAUGGCGGUCGAACUGAAACCAUACGGUCUUGUUCCAAUGAAUCCUUGGCCUUUUCUCGGGCUAUGCAGGAUCCGAAGGCCACAGACCAGGAGAGGGCCAAGAAACUUCGUGAGGCAGUUGUGUCUCAUCAGACCUACGCUAAGCUAGCUCUUCAGGGCAAAGGAGUCGAUCGUCACCUGCUUGGCCUAAAGCUGAUGGCUCUGGAGAAUAGCAAGCCUGUUCCAGAGUUCUUUAAAUCGCCGGGCGUUGUGAAGUCAAGUCACUUCCGCAUGUCCACCUCACAGGUGGCCACUAAAUAUGAUGCUUUCAUGGGAUAUGGGCCUGCAACAGACGAUGGAUAUGCUUGCUGCUAUAAUCCCCGUGAAACUGACAUCAUUUUGGCCAUAUCUGCUUGGCGCCAUUGUCCGAUAACAGAUCACUUGAAAUUCGCUAAGGUCCUUGAGCAGUCCUUUUUCGAAAUGAAGAAUAUUCUAGAGAAGAAUCCUCCUGAGCCAAAGUCCAAAUUGUAAAAAGUUUCAAAUACAUUUUUUUGAUUGACCUAACUUUGAAAUACCUGUUUUUUUUUACCAUUUUCUUUAUGGUCAGCCAUAGGUCUCUUGUACUA